AUGACUGCUGUUGCAUCACCACCCAGUGUGCAAGAGGGUCCUCGCUUGGGAUGGUACGACUCUGGUAAAGGAGGACAAGGAGCUCUGUCUUCAAUGAACGACGAAGUGUCACGGAUGUUCAUACCCCGGAAGACGAUCCAUAGGUCCAACUCCUCAUCGUCUUUGGGAUCCAAUUCUUCAACAUCGACAGUAAACGCGGUCCCCCAGAACGCUCAUGCCGUGCAGAGCAACAAUAUCGAAUCCGGCACCUGGUCUACCAAGAAGAAGCCAUCCAGGAGCAUCUGGCCCAGCUCCAAGGCGGAACCAGCCACCGGAGUAAGCACCGCGCGCACUCAGGCGAUGCCUGCAUUCUCUUCCGGGGCUGGCGCUGCCUCUGCCAUGUCCGCUCUCCAUCAGCCUUCGUCAAUUGUCCCGUCGCAGCACAUGUUACAGCCUUCACAACAGAAUGGCGUUCGCGCUGGGAGCGCGCCAUCCGCGGAGCCGCCUGCGAUUUUGACGCUACUGCCCAUGAACGGUACCUUUGAGAAAAAACAGAUCAACGUGCCAUUCUACCCAGAGGUUCUUCGAAUCGGCCGUCAGACUAAUGUGAAGACGGUCCCGACUCCCGUGAACGGAUACUUUGACUCCAAAGUGCUUUCCCGACAACACGCAGAAAUCUGGGCUGACAAAACCGGCAAAAUUUGGAUUCGUGAUGUCAAGUCGUCGAACGGGACCUUUGUUAACGGCCAGCGGCUCUCGCCGGAGAAUCGCGAAUCGGAGCCCCAUGAGCUUCGGGAAAGUGAUACCCUGGAGCUGGGCAUUGAUAUCGUCAGCGAAGACCAAAAGACCAUUGUACAUCACAAGGUCUCUGCUAAGGUCGAACAUGCCGGUAUCUAUGGGAGCAUGCCCAAUAUCUUCGACCUCACUCUUGGGGAUUUAGACCCUGCUUCUGGCAAUGGAUUGCUCCCUUCACCCCUUAGUCAACCCUUGUCGCAUCUUCGUGGACGCUCGGGAAGCACAAUGAGUAACAGGAGCAAUCAAAGUACUGCUAGCAGUCAGAUCAGCGCAUUACAGCAACAACGGCAAAUGAACUACUGGAACUCUCCAAUUUCCAUUGAACAGAUCGUCAGGCGGCUCACGAGCGAGAUGAAGCAGGCUAAACAGCAAGCACAAGACCUUCAUCAAACAGACGAGUUUCUCACAACUCUCAUGAAACCGGGUCACCAGGAAAAGGAAAAGCCCAGGCACUCACCACCGGACAGUGGUGCCUCCCGUCCAGUUAACGGAAGACCCAAGAUGCCACGGGUUGAUUCAUUCUCACGGUUUUCGGACCCCCCUGCCCCACCACCUCAGCAACCACUCCCUGAGAAACCCGACGCCCUUCCGCGUCCUGGCGCGGAGGCAUUUUCUCCUCUUAAACGCUCCGACACGGAGAAACCAAAAUUAGCGCCGAGCAGCUCGCCUGUUUCGCGUGAGUCUAGUCAGAUUCUAUCGCUUAUCGAGGCAUUAUCGUCUGCCAAGCGCGAGCUAGAUAGCCAGGGUGCCCGUGUGAAGGAGCUCGAGAACCUGUUGCUACACGAGCGCAAUGCUCGCGAGUCUGCAGAGGAAAAGGCUAGGAGCCUCGAAUCGCAGGCUAAGGGCAUUGACGCUGCACCGAUAUCCGAGACAAUCCCUCUUUCCGAGGAGACCACUCCCAGUGACCAGGUCACACUUGAUCAACCCUCAAACGAUCACCUACCUCCGCCAGUUCCAGCUGAGGAACCACUCGCCUCCGAGACCCCAACCGAAGCUCAGGCUGAUCAACUACAACGUCGCCUGGAGAUGAUAAUGGAAGAAAUGGAGGAGAUGAAAAAACAGGUCUCGAUAUUCAGGGAUCGAGCGGAGAAGGCUGAAAGCGAGACGGUAGAAACGCGCAAGUCAUUGGCGGAGAUGAUUGAGACCCUGCGGCGUGAGCGUGCGGAACGGAGCGAGACGGUCAUCGAUUCUUCCAUCGACAGAAAGGCCGUCAACGAUGAGUUUGUUGCGGCAGCUAAAGACGCGCCUGGUGAUGACGACGAUGAAAUUGAAAAACAGGCACCCCAGGCAGUGGCAUCCACGUGUACAAAAGAGGUCAGCGGUUCUGGAACAGCGUUCGCGACGCAGCCAUCCAAACCAGAUGUUCUGGAGCAGACAAGCCCCUAUGCGUCUAUGCUUGGGGUCGUUCUCUUGGGGGUUGGUCUCAUGGCCUAUCUCAACGGGUGGCAGAAGCUGGAUAAGUGA